UGGAAUGAUCCUGACUGAAUCUUGGGGCAGGCAUGUUGCAGAAGUAUUCAGGAUAAACCAGAGAUUGAGAGAAGUACUCUUGGAGACCGGCUACCCAGAUGAGAAAGCAAUGGAACUAUUGUGCAAUGGGCUCAAACAUCCACAAUGCACAAUAGAGAUAUUAAGACUUUAUGGAAUGAUCCAGACUGAAUCUUGGGGCAGGCAUGUUGCAGAAGUAUUCAGGACAAACCAGAGAUUGAGAGAAUUACACUUGAAGACCUGGUACCCAAAUGAGAAAGCAAUGGAACUAUUGUGCGAUGGGCUCAAACAUCCACAAUGCACAAUAGAGACAUUAAGCUUGAAUACAGCAUACAUUAUACGGAAUGGAAAAUGGAAUGAAACAUAUAUGGUGGAAUCCCCAGCUAGUACCCAGGUAAGAGUGGAAGAAUCUGGCAAGCUCAGAGUCCUCGCAGAACACAAAGAGGCACAGAACUGACUGCUUUCAGAAUCCCUGAAGCCCUAAUGUGCUGAUUCAAGUGUAUGGUUAGACUAGGAAUUAAAAACUGUUCAAAAAACUGUUCAAGUUAAAUCCUUUUAGAGACUGCCUUUCAGAAAUUGUGGAAUGGAAUCAUUAAAGAAAGGAUGCAAAAGGAGGGACAAA